GGACGUUUUGACGACACCUCAACUUUGGCUGCCUUUGCGACUGGGAAAUAAUUACCAGUAACCUUCUCGACCUCGCUCCAGAGAAGUGUAUGGCAUUUGGUUAGCGGGGGAAGCUUUCCCUAAUACUUGAUCUUCUCUCUCAUCCUCUGAUUCCCUCGCGAUCGAGACCCAGAAUGUCCCAGCCUCCGCGGACAAAGCAUCCCUUGGAUGUUUUGCAGAGCAUGAUCAAUGCCAUCCUCAUAGAAACCGGGAAAGCUCUUCGAUCUUCUAACAAGGAGGGAGGAAAGACGCUUGCCAAUGCAAAGACCAGACUCUCCUCUACAAUUCCGAGCACCAUUGAGAACUUUCACCUGGCCCUUGAUGAAAUGGAGUGUGAUAUCCUUCGGGCAAAGUCCGUCCUGUUAAGAGAUCUUGAAGGCUUACGAGCAAAGCGACUGGCAUUGGAGAACCCAGUCCCGAUCGUUGAAGAAGUUGAGCCUAUACCAGAACUAGAUCUAGAUCUGAACGGGGAAGCUACCAUGACGGAUGCUGCUGAAGAGUCGACAAUAAAAGAGGAGGCUACACAACCUGAAAGUCCCGAAAAACAGACUUCAGAUGAGACUGGUUUCCUAUCAUCCACCCAAGAUCCUGCGAAAGAAGAUAUUGUCAAAAUUGCAGAAGAUUUGAAAGAUCAACAUGCUCUGACACCACCGUCGAACGAUAAGACUUCCCAGCCAAUUGGUCUGGGUAUAAAUACGGAAGCCGUUGCAAAUUCCCCUGGUCCUGGCACUGCAGAGCCUCAAGACUCGAUCGAUUUGCUGUUUGAUAUGCCAGACAAUGAAAAUACUGGUGACUCGGAGCUGAAUUUCGAACACAUGGAUUACUCUCUUCCUGACUCCAACCAAGACCCGUCACAGGCGCAGACCCAUGCGUUUGACCUCUCCACUUUCGGAACAGCCUCCCAGGAUUUCAAUAUGAACACUAUGCAAACCGACUCGAAUAUGGCCAAUAAUACGAACAACGAGAACAAAGAAGGAGAAGCUCUGUUUGGCAUGGGUAAUGGUGGUGAUAAUAUGGACCUGGACUUGGACAACUUGGGUUUUGGAACCGCCGGAGGCGAGGACAGUCUCUUUGAGGAUAUGUUUGUUGUAGGAGACGAUAAUGGGUUUGACGGUAGUGGGGAGAUGGAUCAUGGUGAUUUUGAUAGUGCGUUUUUCUUAAUAAACGACUAAGCGGUCGCUGUCAACAAGUCGUCCUGAGGCCGUUGACAACUAAGCGCAGGACCAUGAAAUUUCAUUGUACAUGUUGUUUCUAGAGAAUUCACAAGGCUUCUUGUAUCAUUCAGCCCCACAAACUUUCCUCCAUUGCACCCAACCAAAUGCGAGGCACAGCGUUCUGUACUCCCUGCCUCAAAAAAUAGUCAGACUCUUAAUGGGAUAGGAACGUUUACUAGUAUUAGUUGCGUACAUGGAAAUAUCCCUUCGCCGUUUAUAUAUGACAAUAAUUUUCCAACUCCGAACCAGUCGUGGGCAAUGGGGCAAGCUCAGAGUACUACCUCAACACACAACAUGCCACCCCCACGAAACCCCGGCCAACAGCCAGUGCGCC